ACAGUAACUGCUCCUGUGCCAAGAGAUACGGACGAUCCGAUCACAGAGAUCACACCAUCCUCUGGCAUCUUGAUUCAGGAGACACUAGGGUUCAUCUUGACAGAGAAGAGGAUCCUGACCCAAUGUGUGUUUGUCAGCUUGGACCCCAAGAUUUCCUUCGGGAAGGCGUACCAAAUUUCAUCGAUGCAGCUUCCUGAGUUACAAACCUGGUACCAGAUGCACCUCCAAAGAGCACAGGACCGUGUGCAAAACAACUUGGAGCAAGCCCAGAAACCUUUUGUUUCCAGUACUAUUCCGAUGAGCAACCGACCCAAAAGCUUCCUCAUCGCUAUAAUUGUUGCAUUGGUUUGUGCCACUGUCGGUGCAGUUGUC